CGUAAAACUAAACAUAUGCAACAAAUAGUUAAGACUGUCAGUGAUAGAAAAAAUUAAAUUUUUUUUGUUAAAAUGCCCGCCUUACCCGUGUUCAAACUGGGUAUGUUGGCCGUGCGUCAGCUAAGUAAAUAUGUAGCGAAUUUUAUUAAGCAAAAAGCGAAGGAUAAUAAAAUGUUUCGUGAAUAUAUUUGUGUACCACCGGCACAAUGGUACAACAGAAUGGAGACCAGGACCAUGAUGUGGACCAUGAAGAUGGGCAAACCGAAAAAUAUAAAGCCUCUGUCAGAAGCGGCAGCCAUUGAUUUGGGUGCCAGUAUGCUGGGCGAAUUUGUUUUAUUCGUAAUCUGUGGAGCCGCAGUUGUAUCGGAAGUUUCGCGACAAAUGCGUUCAGAACGUCGUAAAAGAGAUGAAAAAAUACAAGCAGCAAUUAAUUUAACAAACAAUAUUUUACACAUGGAAGAAACCAUAGAACAACAGGAGCAGUACAUACAAGAAAUCAGAAAGGCGCUCAAGUCUUUAGGCAAAGAUAUUAAGGUGCCAAAGCCGGAGCAAUUCGAAAGUAAAUUAUUGCGACCAAUUAUUACAACCAGGUCGAUUGACACACAAGUAACGGUAUCAACAAGUGAUAAAGAACUGCAGGUGGCAAUCUAAAAUACAUAUUUUUUUUGCGCGCUGAUAUUUAUAAUCAAAACGUAUAGAUUACAAGACUUUAAUUUAAUAAAAUCUAUCAUAUUUAUUAGUUAA